GGGCUGAUGAAGUUGACAGCAGCUUAGAGCUGGAGCUCACUCCUCUGUCCCUUCAGCAUCUAGAGGGCUGGAGGAAGGGAGGGAUCAGAAACUGCUAGUGCUGGACCUGACUGGGGACCUGGGGGCUGGAGCCCGCCUUAGCCACUGGCCGGAGGGGGUGUGGGCUGGUGGGAGCACAUACAGACUCUGGACAAACUCACACACUUGUGAUUAGACAGAUCUGGGUUCCUCCCGUCUCUCUGAACCCCAUUCUGGGGAUGCACCAUUUGCUUUUUUCGGUCCUGACUUCUGGGAAUCUCUCCAGGUUGCCCAGUCCUGGAGGCCCCGAGAGGAGCAGCCCCAGCCCCCCAUGCAGUCCUUCUUGGGACCCCCUAUGUAGGAGAGAGCUGAUGCCCUGUGGCCCCCAGCCCACCCCCUCCUUUGCCCUGUGCCCUCCUGCCUCACCUGCCCUCUGCCCCCCUCUGAACUGGCCUCCGAGGCCCUGCCUCCUCAGUGCCCUUCCCUCCACCUGGCAGGGUCUGGCUCAAGGUCACUGCAGUAAUUCCAUACUCAGCUGCCCGGGCUGCCACCACCGCCGCCGCUGCCACCGCCGCCUUAUCAGCUGCUGGGUUUCUGUUUCACUCCCUUUUAUUUCUGGGCAUAUUGUGUUCGAUAAAACCCUUUGCUUGUAACACCGCUGGCAGCACUCCCAGCCGCUCCCUCCCGCGUCCCUUCCUCUCCUCCCCCAUCUCUGUGCUCCAGUGGCCUCACCCUGCCCCCUCUUCUUCCCAGCCUUGUCCCCUCAAAUUCCAGGGGAGGGAGGUCAAGGCACCUCCUGCAGAGGUGUGGGCGAAUGCCCACCUUCUAGGAGAAAAGUCCAGGCAGGGCCGCUGGGCCUACCCCAAGGCCCCCUCCCACUAAGGCCGGUUCCCCCACUGGGCAGGCAGGAGGGCCAGGGCCGCCAGGCCCAGGUAGGGCUCUGGUGGAGUCACUGUGCCCAACUGGUUCUGCUAGUUCCAGCGGCCAGCAGGGAGGGGCCUACGCUGGGGCGGGCUUUGGUGCGUGUUAUUUCCCAUCUUGACUCCACCGCUGGGGAGGCGCAGGCAGGUCUGAGUCACUAGCGAGGGGGAGGGCUGGAGUUAAACAAGUUGUGGCCGUGGCAUCCUCACAGAAAGCCCACGACCGGCUGGGCUGGACGGAAAGACAGACAGCAGACAGAAGCCCCAUGUGGAACCCAAGGACGCAGCCGCCCUGCUGAGAGCACGGCGGCCCAUCCUUCGAGACCGUGACCUCGAGACGGUGGCCCUCGGCCCUCCACCUCCGGCGGGGGCGGGGGCUGCCCACCUGCAAGUCCCCAGCCAUGACGACCUCCGCACUGCGGCGCCAGGUGAAGAACAUCGUGCACAACUACUCGGAGGCAGAGGUCAAGGUGCGCGAGGCCACCAGCAAUGACCCCUGGGGCCCGCCCAGCUCUCUCAUGUCGGAGAUCGCCGACCUGACCUUCAACACGGUGGCCUUCGCCGAGGUCAUGGGCAUGCUGUGGCGGCGGCUCAACGACAGCGGCAAGAACUGGCGGCACGUGUACAAGGCGCUGACGCUGCUGGACUACCUGCUCAAGACGGGCUCCGAGCGCGUGGCCCACCAGUGCCGCGAGAACCUCUACACCAUCCAGACGCUCAAGGACUUCCAGUACAUCGACCGAGACGGCAAGGACCAGGGCGUCAACGUGCGCGAGAAGGUCAAGCAGGUGAUGACCCUGCUCAAGGACGAGGAGCGCCUGCGGCAGGAGCGGACCCAUGCCCUCAAGACCAAGGAGCGCAUGGCGCUGGAGGGCGCCAGCAUCGGCAGCGGGCAGCUGGGCUUCAGCCGCCGCCACGGUGAGGACUGCGGCCGCCCGGGAGGCUCCCCCUCCUCCUACAACUCCUCCUCCUCAUCCCCCCGCUACGCCUCUGACCUGGAGCAGGCCCGGCCUCAGACCUCAGGAGAAGAGGAGCUGCAGCUGCAGUUGGCCUUGGCCAUGAGCCGCGAGGAGGCUGAGAAGCCAGUUCCCCCAGCCUCCCACAGGGAUGAGGACCUGCAGCUGCAGCUGGCUCUGCGCCUGAGCCGGCAGGAGCACGAGAAGGUAGAGGUGAGGUCCUGGAGGGGAGAUGACUCCCCCAUAGCCAAUGGUGCAGGGGCCACUGGCCGCCACCGGCAGGACAGAGAGCCCAGGAGAGAAGAGAAAAAGGAGGAGGAGAAGCUGAAAACCAGCCAGUCCUCCAUCCUGGACUUGGCUGACAUCUUCGUACCUGCCCCGGCCCCGUCCUCCACACACUGCUCUGCUGACCCAUGGGACAUCCCAGGUCUUAGGCCAAACACAGAGGCCAGUGGCUCCUCCUGGGGGCCUUCUGCAGACCCCUGGUCUCCAGUGCCCUCAGGAAAUGUCCUGUCCCGAAGCCAGCCCUGGGACUUGCCUCCUACGCUCUCCUCCUCUGAGCCCUGGGGCAGGACCCCAGUGCUGCCCGCUGGACCCCCGACCACAGACCCCUGGGCACUGAGCUCCCCCCACCACAAACUUCCCAGCGCUGGGGCUGACCCUUGGGGGACCUCCCUGGACACCUCUGACACACCUGCUCUAGGUGGUACCUCGACCUUUGACCCAUUUGCCAAACCCCCAGAAUCCACGGAGACCAAGGAGGGGCUGGAGUGCUCCCGGACCCUGUCCUCCGGGAAGCUCGGCAGCCCUGUGGAGCUGGACCUGUUUGGAGAGCCUAGCCCCAGUGCUAAGCAAAAUGGCACGAAGGAGCCAGACGCCUUUGACCUGGGCGUACUAGGGGAGGCGCUAACCCAGCCCGGCAAGGAGGCCCGAGGGUGCCGCACACCUGAGUCCUUCCUGGGCCCCUCAGCCUCUUCCUUGGUCAACCUUGACUCCUUGGUCAAGGUGCCCCAGGCGGCACAGACCCGGAACCCCUUCCUGACAGGUCCCAGCGCUCCGUCCCCCACCAACCCGUUUGGCGCUGGCGAGCCGGGCCGGCCCACACUGAACCAGAUGCGCACCGGGUCGCCGGCGCUGGGCCUGGCGGCCGGCGGGCCUGUCGGGGCGCCCCUGGGCUCCAUGACCUACAGCGCCUCCCUGCCCCUCCCGCUCAGCAGCGUGCCCGCGGGCGUGAGCCUCCCGGUCUCCGUCAGCGUCUUCCCGCAGGCCGGAGCCUUCGCGCCGCCGCCCGCCGGCCUCCCGCAGCCGCUGCUGCCCACGUCGGGGUCGGCCGGGCCCCCGCAGCCGGGCACCAACCCCUUCCUCUGAGCGCCGCUCGCCGUCCUGCCUGGGGCCUGCUGGCCCGUGCGCACCCCUACUCCCGUCCUGGCGGAGCGGCGCGGGGGUUGAACACUGCUCCAGGCCUUGGCGACCUAGCCCUGCGGCAGCUCCUGAAGCUAGAAACGUCCGGGAGCUAGAGACUGAACGCCUCCGUAAUAAAGACCGCAAGCCCAGCCUUCAGCUCUCACCAAGCGGACUCUUUGCCGGGUGUGGCGGCCGGGUCUGGACCACAAUGUGAUCUCCAGCUGCCGAGGAAACUACUGCUUCUCAACUUGGGGUGCAAAACUGCUCCCACUUCCCGUACGGCUCCUUUCGACUUCCCUCCCCCUCUCCCCCAUUCCCUGUCACCUUGACAGGGUCGCUUCCAGAUGCUCCUGAGCUCUCACUCAUUCCGUCAUUUCACUCAUUUAUCAUACACAGGCACUGGGAUGUUCUGAAGCAAGGGACAAUGGGCAUUUGUUCGCAUUUAUUGCACACUCAUUAUGUGCUAAGCACUAUAGACGGAUCAAUUCAUUUAAUCUUGCAACAUCUCUCUGAGGUAGAUAAAUAUCGUUACCUGCAUACUUUGUGAGGCCCAGUACAAAAUGAAAAUGCGGGCUCCUUGUUCAAAAUUGGGUUAAGAAUUUCAAAACGGGGACAACAGAGCAUGAAACCAAGCACAAAGCUCUCCGAAGUGCGGUGGCACAGGUCUGUCACUCUUGCAGCUGGCACUGCUCCCAUUUCACAGGCAAGGGAGCCCAGGCUCAGCGGGGUUAAGUGGCGGCUCAAAGUCACAAAGCGCUAGCGGAGUGGGGCUAGAACUCAGAGUCAGACGGGGAGCUCCCAGGCUGGGCUCCAGACUUAACUAAGCAAAUACUGAGCGACUGCUGCAAACAACGUGCUGGGCUAACCUGGGAGGGUCCAGGAGUUGCUAAGCCUACAACCUCCAGGAGCUCAGGGCCUGGCAGGGCAGGCGAGCCAGGGGCACGUGAUGGCUGCGGCACCAGGCGGGUACAGGAGCUUUGUCUUACUGAGUCACCUUAAAUCUGGCUCUACCCUCUGCCCACUUCACCAGGGCUGGCAAGAAACUUCACCUUAACCAUGCAGAGGAGUCUGAUCCUCCUGGGGGUUUUUGUGGGGUCUGGGAAACCAAGGAUGGGGGCAGGGCCAGGUACAUCAUCCAGGGGGACCCCCACUCCUUUUCUACCCAGUGCCCCCGAUCACUGGGCCACUGGACACUGAAGUGUCCUCAGUGCUAAGGGUCUGGCUCUACAGGCAGCCUGCGGCCCUUCCCAAGCCCCUUUCAGGGUGCCUGGGGUAAAGGGCCUUCCACGCGCCAGAAAUGCCAAAUUCCGUGUGGGGUGGGGGAGACACAAGGCUAUUCUUCCCGAGGUGGGGGUGGGGGAAGGGAGUCCCACAGUGGCUAUGACAAAUGGAAUGGACAGGAGCACCUGCUCAGGAGGCAGACUGACAGGGUUCAAAACUCUGCUCCAAGGGUUGAAUUUCAUAACAAUAAUCACUUAGUAAUAAGUGGUUAUGAUCUCUGGCCUUGAGUAAAUUACCUAACCUCCCUA